CGCGUGCAUUGACUUGUCGCGGUCGUGCGGAGCGGUCGCAAGAUGAGCCCCGCGCUGGAGGUGCUGGUGUUCCUGGGCACGCUGCUGUACGCCUACGUGGAGGCGCUGGUGAAGCUGCUGCUGCCCGCCAAGAGGAAGACCGUCCGCGGGGAGCUGGUGCUGGUGACGGGCGCUGCCCGCGGGCUGGGCAGGGCCACGGCCCUCGAGUUCGCCCGGCGCCAGAGCCGCCUGGUGCUGUGGGACGUCGAGGCGCACGGCCUCAAAGAGACAGCAGCAGAAUGCGAAGGGCUGGGAGCCACCGUUCACACCUUUGUGGUGGACUGCAGCAAAAGGGCGGAGAUCUACAGCGCUGCCGAGAAGGUGAAAAAGGACAUUGGUGAUAUCUCCAUCCUGGUGAAUAAUGCUGGUGUGAUUGCAGCUGCCGACCUGCUCUCCACCCAGGACCACCAAGUUGAGAAAACAUUUGAAGUCAACAUUCUUGCUCACAUCUGGACAACAAGAGCUUUUCUGCCAACAAUGAUGAACAACAACUACGGUCACAUUGUCACAGUGGCUUCUGCAGCAGGUCAUCUUGUAACUCCUUUCAUGGUGGUUUACUGUUCAAGCAAGUUUGCUGCAGUUGGAUUUCAUAAAGCCCUAACGGAUGAGCUGACUUCACUGGGAAAGGAUGGAAUAAAAACAACGUGUCUCUGUCCAGUUUUUAUAAAUACUGGAUUUGUCAAAAACCCCAGUAUGAGGCUUGGAAAGAUCUUGGAGGUUGAUGAAGUUGUGAAGGCACUGAUGGAAGGAAUAGUGACCAACCAGAAAAUGGUUUUUGUUCCAUCAAAUCAACGUUUUGCUUUACUUCUUGAAAGGUUGCUUCCAGAACGUGCCUUGAAUUAUCUCAAAAAGCUGACUGAUGUUAAGUUUGAUGCAGUUGUUGGGCAUAGAAGCAAUCAGUGAAAAAGAAAUUGUUUCUUAUUUCCCCAUGGAAUGAGUGAAAGCAGAACAUAUGCUGAGUGUAGCACAGCGAUUUGGAUUCAGAGCAGAAUUAAGAUGGGUACUUCUUCCAGGCCACCGCUUCCAUCACACCUUAAUGGUCCAUCCCACACCUGCAGCAGGAACAGAUGUGCAUAACAUGGUGUGUUAGCACAGCAGAGAGGCAGCUCUAGAAGUCAGAAGGACUGUUCUGGAAUGUGCACAACUGCUUACGUGAGUGCAGUGGAAUUGGAGUAUAAAUUAAUGUGGUCCUAUUGAGUAAAAUUAUCUUGUGGGGAGGAAUGAUUAUAGGUGGCCUGCUUCACCUUAAUGAAUCAUUUUAAGUUCAAAAAGCCUUGUACUGCACACAGUUAAAUGCAUUUUUUGUAGUAAGUACCUGAAAUAAUACAGCCUCUUAAUUAACCACUACCUAAAUAUGUUGAUUGUCCAUUAUGCACGAGCUCCACCAGUACAACUUGUACAGAAUAAAAGCAGUUCUCUAA